GGGAAAGGUGGCACGUGCCACGUACACGUGAAAAAGAACCCUGGUCUUUCUGCCCCUCUCCAAUCUUCCCCGCCACCGCCGAAAACUUUUCUUAAUCAGUCUCACAGUGAAGUUGAUCGGAGCCACAUACAUUCACGCACUGACGCUACUGUGUGAACGACGAUUAAGGUUUUGGUCUCUUCUCUCUGCCAAUAAUCAGAAAGCACUCGCUUCCAUUCAAACGAAUAGUAAUUGUUGGAUGAACUUGAAGGGAUUCAAUGGAUACAGAAUUCAAAACAAUUGAGGCAAGCAUAAUGUCUAUGCUUGGCCAACUCCAAUCUGAGGGUGGCAUCCUACAAAGAAUGGUAUACAAGAAUAAGAACCAGCACCGACGCGGUUCCUAUUUCCAGCGUCUUUUGAAGGUAAGGAGGGAUUUAAGGCUGCUGCAAUUGGCAAACUUGGAGGAGCUUGUAACAUCAUGUUUGCUUGUUAUCAAAGAAGAUAGACCAAAACAGAAGCUUCAUCUUUUAGAGAGCUUAAAAAGGAGAAAAUGUCAUAAUGAAAAGCAUAAUUUUAUGGAGCGUCUGUUAGGUGUUGCACACUUACUAGUAGAGAUGGUUGAACCAAUACUGAAGGCUGCAUCUGAGGUAUCUGUAUUGUUUGCUCAAUCUUUUUUUAUGGGAUUUUCUGUGACAAUUAUGGCUUUGCUUGCACGUCUCCGAGUUCUGGUUCAACAAAUAUUACUUGAUGUUGUUUCAUUGUUCAACAUGGUUUCUAUACUCUCUAUAAAGAAGCAAUCAAUAAAAACAACUCACAAUGAAACCGAGGUUUUUAGAGAUUUCUACCCUGUUAGUGAUGAUUUUGUUACAUUAGAAUGUGUUUGGAAAUCAGACAAGUUUAUAUUACUCGAGAGGAAGCAUAAAAGGGUGAAUGAAAGUCAAGCUGUGGACUCUGGUGGAAUUGUUUUUGUCCAAACAUCAAAUGUUAAUUAUAAUUGUAUCGUGUCUUUUCUUGGGGAUGAUCGGUUAGUCCCAAAGAGAGUAGCAGAUGUUGCUGCCAAAAAAGAUCCCUGUCAUAUCAAUGAUAAGAGUACUGAUUUGUUGAUUGGCUCAUCACCAAAUGAUGAUAAGGAGACUAUAUAUAAUGAUGAAGGAGAAAAUCAAGGCAUCACGAAAGCCUCCAUCAACAAAUCUUUACCAGAGGUUGGUUUGCAUGCAUUAUCGCCGUCUACUACCAAUGAUAAACUUCAUUCUUGUCGAAGAAGGUGGCAUUUGUCUCAAUCAAGAAUCUUACACUAACGUGACACAAAUCUUAAAUUGAAGUAACCAAACAAAGGAUGACAUGGGGGAUUCACUUGCUAGUUUAUUUACUGAUGUAAAUGCAAAGGGUAAUUUCAAACAUGACUAGCUAUUGUAGUUAAACUUUUGGUGGUAACUUUAUCCAAGGCUAGGAAAUCUUGAUUUAAUAAUGGUAAUAACUAAUAAAAUUCUCUAGGGCUCUUAUUGAGGAUGUGAUCAUGAAAAGUAUUAAAUGAUUUUAUUUUUUUUUAUAGAUUCUUAAUGUCUCAAA